AUGUCUGAACCGGUAAAAUUAACUGAUGCAUCGGCAUAUGAAAGUUUUCUUGAUAAAUAUGAUACUUUCUUGAUCGAUUGUGAUGGGGUCAUAUGGCACGGAAAUAACGUACUUCCGAACCUUAGAGAAGCAUUAUCCUUAAAUAUUGAAAUUCAUGAUGGAGAAAUUUUUGGUUCAGCUUAUGCUUCAGCUUAUUAUAUUAAAAAUGUUUUAAAGUUUCCAAAAGAAAAAAAAGUUUAUGUUGUAGGAGACGUUGGAAUUAUUGAAGAAUUGGAAUCUGAAGGAAUUCGUUAUGCUGGAGCUAACGAAGAUUCCAAUUUUGAUACUUCCAAUUGGGAUUUUGCCAACAUCAAACAAGAUCCAGAAGUUGGAGCUGUCCUUUGUGGAUUUGAUAUACAUGUUAAUUAUUUAAAAUAUGCUAAAGCAUUCACUUACCUUAAUUCAAAUCCCGAAUGUCUUUUCUUCUUAACUAAUGAUGAUCCCACAUUUCCAGCAAAUGGAACCAUUUAUCCAGGUGGAGGAGCUAUUGCAGCACCUUUGAUUACAGCGUUAGGUAGAAAACCUGAUGGGAUAUUUGGUAAACCUAAUAAACCUAUGUUAGAUUGUAUUAUACAACAUUUAAAUUUAAAUCCUGAACGUACUUGCAUGAUCGGUGACCGUCUUGAUACUGACAUUUUAUUUGGUAUUAACGGUGGUCUUGGCACUUUGUUCGUUUUAACUGGAGUUAAUAAAGAACAAGAUAUCCUAGCUAUGGAUGCUCGUAUAAUUCCAGAUUAUUACAUGGCAAGUCUCGGAGAUAUUUCUGUACUUGAUAAAUAG